AUGGAGGGCACUCGUAAUGGUCGAGGCCGUGAACGUGGUGGUAGGCAACCCACGACUGAAGGGGGUGCUAGGGAAACCAUGCCCGAACUAAACCCUGAACCCCAACUUGAUCCCAACGCUCAGGAAAAGAAGGAAGACGAGUUUAUCCGACUUCGCCAAGGCACCCAAUCAAUGGCCGAAUACGAGAGCCAAUUUACCCACUUGUCAAAAUUUGUUCCUGAACUUAUUCUAACGGAACAAAGGAGGGUGAGACGUUUCAUUCAGGGGCUCAACGUGAAAAUCCAAAAGGACUUGGCUGUAGCCCAAAUCACUACUUUUAGUGAUACAGUGGAGAAGGCUUUGCGAGCUAAGAAUGCAAGGCUCCAAGUGAGGAACUUCCAAGUUCGAAAACGUGGGCUCUCGGGAGGUAGUUCUAGUCAAAGGGAUAAGAGUACCCAUCCCAAAUUUGGAAGGGAAGCUGGAAGGGAACGACUUCCGGGUACAGCAAGAGGUACUCCGCCAAGAGGUGGCCAAAGUGGACAAGGUCGACAGAGGAGUGCUUCCCAGGGGAGCUCUGCCACUAUUUCUCGUGGUCCGUGUGGCUUCUGUGGGAAGCCAAACCAUACAGAGGACAAUUAUUGGAGAAAAGAGAGCAAGUGCUUACGCUGUGGGAGCGCGAAGCACCAGAUCGCCAAUUGUCCGAUCCAACCUCGAGAGAUAAGAGGGACUAUACAAUCAUCGAAAAAUACCUCAAAACAGUCGAAAGUGGAAGGAGUGAAUCCGAAGGUGCCUGCUCGGGUGUAUUCUAUCGAACAACGUCCUGUCCCUGACUUGACGGAGAUGGUGGAAUGUACGAUUCCUGUCUUCCACCGUCUAGUUAGAAUUUUGAUAGACCCCGAUGCCACCCAUUUCUUUAUUAAUCCUGAUUUCAUGUGUAGAAUUGAUAUCACAGUAGGAGAGAAAAAGUUAUUGGGAAAUUUGAUAAGUUUAGCCAUUAAGAGGUACGAUGUGAUAUUGGGUAUGGAUUGGUUAGUUAGAUAUGAUACCCAACUGGACUGUAAGAGGAAGAUAGUAGAAUUUCGUAUCCCUGAGAAGACGAUAUUAAGGCUAGAUGUGAAGGGCAAUCUACCUUCAUUUGCAAUGAUUUCGGGUAUUCGGGUUAGGAAACUAUUGAGUAGAAGGGCACAAGGGUUCCUAACCUUUCUCAUUAACACUCCCACCGAUAAAUUGAAAGUAGAAGAUGUUCUAGUAGUGGCUGAAUAUUCGGAUGUAUUUUCCGAUGAAUUAGUGAAUCUACCACUGGAAAGAGAGAUAGAAUUUGAGAUUAACCUGUUACUGGGGACUUCACCUAUCUCCAAGACCCCAUACCGUAUGGCAUCUGCAGAACUCAAGAAGUUGAAAUUGCAGUUGCAAGACCUUUUGGAGCGGGGUUUUAUCCGUGAGAAUGGAUCUCCUUAG